UAAACAUUCCAGUGUUUUGGUGACUCUCGAGGAGGGUGGAUGUACGGAAAAUGGAGGACGCUGAUGAAUGGAAAUUGUACCAGAAAGACCCUCGUGUUGCUUGCAAAUACGGCGAGAAGUGCUAUCGGAAGAACCCUGAUCACCUGAAGGCAUUCAAGCACUCGCCCAAGAGGAAGAAAGAGGAUGAGGAUGGCAAAAAUAAGGAUAUGUGGGGCCCCAGUAAGAAGCAAAAAACAGACGACAGUAAAGACGACCUUCCCAAUACCUCUCACAGUUCCAGCUCAGAUGAGUUUGUGGUUCCAGCCAGUGAAGACUGUUCCAGUACAGUGACAGCUACAGACACUGUUAUUUCUGACCAGAAGACUAGUCAAGACGAUAACAAGGCAGACAGUGACUUGCCCAUACCACAGUUUGAAGAUUCCGUGAAAGAUUUUAAUGUGGGCGACUCUCCAGAGGAUAUUAGGUACAACGUAGAACAAAAGUUCCUCUUGGAAAUGCCUGAUGAUUUCUUUGAUUUCUGGGAUUUUUGUUCACAAAUCAAUAAGGAAAAACCUGAAGAGGCCUUAGCUAAAGCUGGUCUGACAUUGGUGGGUCCAUACGAUGUCCUCACAGGAAAGUUGAAGAGCUUAAAGUCAAGAAAAAUAUCCAGCUAUGUGUGUCACUGGCGGUACUUCUAUGACCCACCAGAAUUCAUGACUGUGAUAGCAGGGGAUGAAAAUGAGUACCACAUUGGCUAUUAUCGUGACGAUCCCUUUUCUCUACCGGGUUUUGUAGCUUCGAUGUCCUCAAUAAAGCCAGGAAAUAUUAAACCCCUUGGAGAAAACAUCUUUGCUGGGGUUUGGGCUGAAAGUAGUAGUUCCAAUUUGCGGAAGAUGUUCCAGAAAGUUGUCAACGCUAAAACUGACGACGAGAGAAGAAAACACUUCGACGACAUACAAGAGCUGAUAACCAACGUACAGUUUGCUUAUGAUGAAGGAGACUUUGGAAUGGGACUUGAACUAGGGCUUAACCUAUUUACAUUUGGCAGUGAAUUGUUUCACAAACCCAUCUACCACGUUCUCGGUGUUGGAUACGACCUUUUAGGAAGAGAACCUUACAUAGAUAUAUUGCAAGCUCAUCUGAAGAAUAGACGCCGUGGAAGCAACGUGAGCAUCUUGGAAGUCAUUUAGAUCGCAGGCUGGAAUAUCUGUAGCAGUAUUUCUUGCCCAAAUUUGCCAGGCAACCCAUUGGUCGCUUAAGGCUUACUUGGUUGUAGAGACCACGGCCUACAUUUUGAGAAAUGCCGAUCUAUAGAAUGGACAGCUGUAUAGCCCUUGUGGCUUAGCGCUUCUUUUUGAUUAUAAUAAUAAUAAUAAUAUAGAAUGGACAUCUCAGGGCAAUGCAAGUUCCAGUUGCUUUACUCUUCAGUAUACAGAUUCACCAUUGUGAUAUUACACACACUUAACUGUUGCAAAUAGUCUGCAACACUAAGUGAUAGCAAAAUCACUUGUGUGUGUGUCUAGCAGUUGACUCUUCUAACAAACUGUUAGAUAAUGUCAUCAGGGUUUUAAUUAGUAUACCAAUUUAAUUUUGAUUGAAAAUCAUCCUAAGUUAUUAUUUUUCAUGCUAAAAUACUUAAUAACAUUUAAGUAGCCAAUGUUUUGUAAAGUGUAAGUGCCAUGCAUUCAGUACAGUAUUUUGAAAAUGAAAUAAAU